UUGAAGAGCAUGAUGAUUAUUUCGUGCAAAAAAGAAAUGGUGCCGGUGUACGUGGACUGAGUUGCUUCCAAAAGGUCACUGCCGCUUUGCGGAUGCUCACUUAUGGGAUUCCAGCGGAUGCUACGGACGAGUACAUUCGCAUCGGCGAAAGUACCGCACUAGAGAGCCUUCGAAAGUUUGUUGCAGCAGUGGUUGAUAUCUUUGAAGAUGAAUAUCUGAGGUACCCCAAUGAGAAAGACACAGAACGCUUACUUGCCAUGGGUGAGAAGAAAGGUUUUCCUGGAAUGUUAGGAUGCAUCGAUUGUAUGCAUUGGGCAUGGAAGAACUGUCCAUAUGAGAAACAAGGUCAGUACAAGGGGCAUGUGGACAAACCCACUAUCAUUUUGGAGGCCGUUGCUUCGGAUGAUCUUUGGAUAUGGCAUGCCUUUUUUGGGAUGCCUGGGUCGCACAAUAACAUCAACGUUCUUCACCGUUCCCCUUUGUUUGCAAACUUGGCGGAGGGUAGAGCUCCAAAGGUUAACUAUACAGUGAAUGGCCAUGAUUAUACGAUGGGAUAUUAUCUUGCAGAUGGGAUACAUCCCUCAUGGGCUACAUUAAUCAGUUCCAUCACUUGUCCAAUUGACUUCUUCUCCUUGUCCAAUGCCGAGUACAUCUUUCCAGCUUCAUUGAUCUAAAAAAUAAAUUUGUCAAUGUACACAUCAUGUAAAAUAAACCAAAAUUAAAAAUGACUACAAAUCUGAAUACCUUG